ACAAACAGCUUUAAAAAUAAUUAUUUAUUUAUUAAUAUUUAUUAAUUAUUAAAUAUUAAUUAAUUUAACUGUUCCAAUUACAAUUAAUUUUUUCUGCAGCUGUGGCUGACUAAGGAUCCAGAUAAUGCAGAGAUUACCAGUAGAGGUGAUCCCUCUUUAUUAAGACAGUCACUACAGUGGAAAAAAUGGUGAAGCUUUUGCCCUUACUAAGGUAUGCAGACAGAAAAGGAGGCUGAAAACUAGAAAUAGCAGUGAAAUCAUAACAGAAAGGAAAACAAGAAAAUAGAAAUCAGGAAACAAGGCCUGGAUAAUGCCAAAGCAGUGGGAGCAGCUACCACUCCUGGUGAGAUGACACAGUCUGUGAGAAAAUGAGAUCCAGGGAUGAACACAGUCUCUUUGGAAGCUGUUGGAGAGGCUCAAGUGAAGUUCAGCAUCACUGGUUUCUGGAGGAAGGGUGGUCGGUUAAUAUUGUAGCUUUUGGGAAUGAAAGAGAUGGUUUUUCUGAGGACAAUCAGCAGCCCAGCCUGAUCUGGAGCUAUCUCGGGAGAAGUGCUCUCAUUUCCCAGAUCGACAGCAGCUUGUCUGCCAGUCAUGUUGGAAACCCAGUUUUUACUGAGUAUCAAGCCUGCGUAUUUGGAAAUGUCAGACUGGUGGUACACGACUGUCCUGUCUGGGAUAUAUUUGACAGUGACUGGUACACCUCCUGCAGGCUCAUUGGAGGAGCUGAUAUUAUUGUGAUUAAAUACUCUGUCAAUGACAAGACUUCAUUUCAAGAACUAAAGGACAGCUAUGUGCCAAUGGUAAAAAAAGCACUAAAUCACUGCUCAGUUCCAGUAAUAAUUUCUGCUAUUGGUGCAAGAAAAAACGAAGUGCCUUGCACCUGUCCCCUGUGCACUUCAGACAGGAGGAGCUGUGUCACAGCCUCUGAAGGAGUCCAGCUUGCAAAGGAACUCGGAGCCACUUACCUUGAACUGCACACUCUAAAUGACUUCUACAUCCAGAAAUACUUUGGAGGAGUGCUUGAAUAUUUUAUGAUCCAAAGUUUGAAUCAGAAGUCAUCUGAAAAAAUGAAGAAAAGGAAAAAGACGCAGAAGUGCCGUCGAGUCCAACCACCUCAGCUUGAACAGCCAGAAAAGAUGCCGAUCCUAAAGGGCGAAGCCUCGCACUACAAUGCAGACCUGCACAAUCUUCUCUGCUGCUGCCAGUGUGCAGAUGUGGCCUUCUACACCGAGGACCUCAGCACAGUGGUGGAGGCUCACAAGAUCAUCCUCUGCUCUGUCAGCCACCUCUUCAUGCUGCUGUUCGGGGUGAAGAGCCCGUCCGACGCGCAUGACGCCUCCGUGGUGCAGCUGGCACAGAGCCUCUUCGCGGUGCAGGCAGGGGAUCCCUUCCCCUCCUCCCCCCGGGGUGUCCCACCCUGUGUCCCACCAGUCAGGGUGGUGGUGAAGGAUUCUGUCUUCUGCUCUUGUCUCCCAGAUAUCCUCCACUUCAUUUAUUCAGGUGCUUUCCAGUGGGAACGAUUAGAAGAGGACAUAAGAAAGAAGCUGAAGGAUCCAGAUAAAACAGAACAUGUGCUUGAGAAAGUUAAAUGCAUCCUGAAAACUCCAGGAAAGCUAAACACUGUAAAGGACUGCAAGUCUCACCAGAUAAAACGGCUCUAUAAUACUUCUCUCAGGCUAUUCUUUAACACACCUGUGCUGGCUGAUGUAAUCUUCAAAAUACAAGGUGCAACUGUUCCAGCCCACAGGGCAGUUCUGGUGGCUCGCUGUGAGGUUAUGGCAGCUAUGUUUAAUGGUAAUUAUCUAGAAGCAAAUAGCAUUCAGGUUCCAGUGUAUGGGGUUUCAAAAGACACUUUCCUGUCUUUCCUAGAGUACCUUUACACUGACUCCUGCUGCCCAGCCAGUAUUCUCCAGGCGAUGUCUCUGCUGAUCUGUGCAGAGAUGUACCAAGUAAUGAGACUCCAGCAUAUUUGUGAACUUUACAUCAUCACGCAGCUUCAGAGCAUGCCUAGCAGGGAACUGGCUUCCACAAGCCUCAGUAUUGUUAGCUUGCUCAAAAAAGCUAAGUUUCACAAUUCUGAUUGCCUUUCAACUUGGCUUCUUCAUUUUAUUGCCACUAACUACCUCAUCUUCAGUCAAAAGCCUGAAUUCCAAGAACUUUCAGUGGAAGAGCGCAAUUUUGUAGAGAUGCACCGAUGGCCUUCAAACUUGUACCUGAAGCAGCUUGCUGAUUACAGGAAUUAUAUCCACUCUCAGAAAUGCCACUGCACAGUAAUGUAAAGAGACUGAGUACAUACAAAGUACAUUUCAACUGCAAAAUUUCAGAUUGGGGAUUAUACAGAAUAUAAAAACUAUGUCAAGAGUGAAACCUGAUUCUUACCUCCUCUGGAAAUUACAGACAUUGUUUGUUUUGCUAACAAAUCACUCUAAUUUUUACCUUGAAGCAUUGAGAAAUGUACGUUGAAGAUUUAUUUUAAGCACAAGGACUUCAUAUUCAUGGGGAUUAAAUGUAUUAUAGGACAGUG